AUGUCCCCGUAUGCCGUUUCCGCCAAUUCGCUCGCCUUCAUUGGCCCCGCUCACGCUCCUACGCUCACCGAGUUCUGCUACGUUCGGGUGCUCCACGUUGAAGGAGAUAGCGCGGCGGUGCGCGUUGUGGGCCCUGAUGCCGGGGAGGAUGGCCACGAACUCCAGCUUCCAGUCGCUGCGAUAGACCUCCGCGUCGUCGAUGCCGCCGAGGCUGAACUCUGGCCCGGAGAUUACGUGGGACAACCCGUCGCGUUCGUUCAACCCAGCGGUCCUUCAACAGGCCAGUGGGCAUAUGGAGUCGCCGACCCGAUAACGUACGCCCUUCAAGUUGGGGCGACAGUGACAGACAUGGUUCUCAACGCCAAGGAGCUUCUCGUGCAACAGAAUGCAGUGAUUAUGGCCUGCCGCAGGCGUCGAGGAGAGCUACCAGCGUCGGUGCAGUCCAUGCUGACAGUUCCCUUCAUACCCGAGGAAAUCGUGCCUCUCAUCCGCCCCCACGAUCUGGCAACGGUGCAAGUACGACGGCAGCACGUUCUCGAUUGCCUCAUGGGUCAGCGCAAAAAGAACGCUCUAGCCAUUUACAUCGACCCGCAACUGCCACGUACCGAUCGAUCAGGCCCCGGAGCUGCACCACAACGACCCAUGUCAUCUCACAUGCCUGAUGACCUACUGAGUAUCACAAGCAAGGCAACAGAUGAUGAUAUCCAGGCGUUGCGCAAUCAGAAUCGUAUGCUUGGUAAGCGAUCAAGAGCCCCGGAACGGGAUGGUGCAUCGGCACACGACGAUCUUCUUGACUAUGGAGUUGGUUAUGGUACCGAGGACGACGAGCCUAGCUCAAACGACGAUGACAAUGAGCCCAGUCGGGGUGCCCGGACAAUUUUACACCCGCGAUUUCGAGGUAAGUCGUGCAACUACAUUUUCGAACGUAUGCAGCAACGAGUCCACGCCCCCUUCUUCGCCGUGCCACCCGUGUGCCGUGGCCUUCUCGACUUUGGAUUUGGCGUCCAUGGACUCUCACUGAUGCACUGCCAUCCGGCAGACGUGAUGACUCGCGUAAAUGCCCAUGGUUCGACUGUCAGCUUUACGGACUUCUCGGAACGCAACACGCUGCGCCCAGCUCAAACGUCAAGGUCGCGCACCGAUGUCAGCAGAUCAUUGCGGUCCCUUCGCAAAUUUGCUGAGCAUUUUUACACUCAGACGGUUGUGAACCUUGUUGACGAUGCGAUCAGCUUUAUCGACUCUUACCAAGGCCUGUUCGACUCCGACAGUGUCGGCUGGAAGCUUAUGGCGUUCUGGAUCACGAGCAAGUUUAGCAAGUUUCGGAGUAUGAUUGUCUCGCGCGACGUUGACGCGGCCCGGAGUAUCGGUAAGUAA